AUGUAUAAGAGCAAAAGUGGUUCGACAGUUGAUCUGAAAAAUAGUAGGAAGAUUAUCCUUCCUUUGAAUAAUAGCGAGAAAAGGAUAUCAGCAGCUGUGAGACGGUCAACAGACAUACAUUCGAUAUCAAACCCUUGGGUAAAAGAAGUGCUUAAAAGAAAAUAACCAAAAGCACCAAGAAUUCUCUAAAACAAGAUCCAGUGGCUGGAUAAACCUCAAAAUCAAUAAAACAACGGGUUCUAGCCCUUUCCACAGAACAAUCAUCAGUCCUACCUCUCUCAGCACCUACAAAAUCCCUCAAAUCCCUAAUUUUCCUCAAAAUCUCAAAUCCAUCACUUCUUUCCCCACUCACAACCGUGCGAGUUCAGACCAGCAUCUUCAGCUGCCUUUAAAAAUCCACUACACUUCUAAAUUCACGAAGCAGGAAUCUCUGUUACAAAAAUAAGCUUCAAAUCCAGCACAACAUCAAGACGAAGAAGCCUACCCCAAAACCUCUCCUCGCAGGGCUCAACCUAGACACUACCAGCACAAUGAAAAGAUCCAAGAAUUUCUUAGCCCACAACUAUAAUUACUCGAAAUAUAAGAAAGCACUCACGCAGAGAAAACUCAAAGUGACUGGGUUAGGCAAAAUUGAAGAGGCAAAGAGUCGGAAAAGAUCUAAGCCAAAAGCUAAAAAUAUGAUACCAACUCUACAGGCUAUACAGAACAGCAUUAAAAGAACUGAAACAGUGACUAAUAAGAAUAAGGACAUUGAUAAACUCCUUGAAGGGUUUAAAAAGGAUGUACUUAUCAAGGACAUUAGGAGCCAGAUUCAACAAAAAUAAGCAGCAUCAUGACUCAAGCUUCUCAGACACGAUAUCUGAUGACCAGGAGUACAUAAUAAAUUACCCAGAAAAUAAUGGGAAUGCUUCUCAUUCCGAAAUUUUCAGUGAUAUUAUGAAUUCCUUGGAAAGAUUCGCCAUCACUGAAAGCAAGAUUGGAGGAGUUGGCAGAAAAUUUAAAUCAGUUGACAAACGAAAGCUCAGAAAAGACAAACAUAAGCUAAAGCUUCCAGAAUUCAAGCAUGGACACAUGAAGUCCCUAGGACAAGAUCUCUAUGAGAUCCUGGACGAUCAUUCCAAGUACAAAGAGGAAGCCGAGAGAUUUGAGAGUGAAAUGCAUAGCCGUAUUGAGGAAGAUGAAAAAUAAAAAUGAGGAGAGAAUCAAUGAAGAGCGUGCAAAGCAAUAUAAACGUAAAAAGGCCUUACUUGUUAAUGCUAUUAUUGAGGCCGCUUCAAACCUAAAAAGAAUGAAGGUCACACCAAAAGAAAUCAUGGAUGGGAUAAUUUUCCCAUUUGAGGCUUAUAGUAGACCUGGAAGCAGAAUGAUGAUCAGAGCUGUCAAAGAAGGCAACUUAGAGAUGAUGAAGAAACUUGUAGCCAAAGAUCGAUAUUUGAUGUACAUUCAUUGAAAUGUCAAACAGACACCUCUACAUUGGGCUGCUAAAAGAAAUCAUCCUGAAAUUCUUGAGUAUUUACUCCAAAAAGGAGCUUUUGUAAAUAUCUGUGAUAUUGGAAAGAGAACCCCUCUCUUCCUUGCUGCAAAAUAUGGCCAUGUAAAAUGAGUGAAGAUAUUACUUGCUUAUAACGCAAACCCUACAAUGAAAACAUUCAGGAAUAUGACCCCUUACAACGUGUCUCAGUCAUUCAGAAUUAAGAGCUAUAUUCAAAAGGCUCAUCAGCUAAAAAUCUUAUUGAACUUCAUCCCGACAAAAUCAAGGGCCAAAGUCUGGCAAGAACAAGGAGUCAAAAUUCUUAAUGAGCUGGUCAACGAAUCAGAGGAUGAUAAAUUAUAAUUGGCAUAUUCAUUCCAUAA